AUGGGAUCCAUCUCCGAAGCUCCCGACUUGGGAAAGAAGCGGCAAACGAUUUCAUUAUUCUCGAGCCUUCCACCAACUCCACUCGACGAGCCUUUUUCCGUCAAUGGCGCCUAUAUUCAAGACAGCCAUCCGCAAAAGGUCAAUCUAGGAAUAGGGGUCUAUCGCAGUGAAGAUGGAGCGCCGUGGCCACUGAGGGUUGUGGAGGAUGCUGAAAAGGAGCUCUACGAUGCAAAGAAUGUCGGCAGACAUGAGUACCUUGCAAUCCAAGGCGAUCGUGCCUUCCUUCAACUCGCGGCGGACCUCGUCUUUGGGUUUGGAAAGGGUAAAUCAAGUGCCCCGGCCGUUAUUGAAGAUCCGAGAAGUCGAGUUGUCUCAGUACAAACCGUCUCCGGAACAGGAGCAAACCGACUGGGUGCCGAACUAUUGGCUCGCAAUAUCCGCCCAGGAUGUGUUUGGAUUCCAGAUCCCACAUGGGCAAAUCAUCAUACCAUUUGGGAGCUCGCUGGGGUAGAAAGGAAAACUUAUCCAUACUACGACAGCGUUUCUCAAUCCUUCAAUUUUGAAGGCACGAUUAGGACCUUGUCAGAGUCCGCGCGUAAGAACGACGUUGUGAUCCUCCAUGCAUGCGCUCACAAUCCAACUGGCGCGGACCCCACAAGAGAACAGUGGGAUGCAUUAGCCAAGUUGUGCAAUGCGAAAGGGCUGAUUCCCUUCUUUGAUCUCGCUUAUCAAGGCUUCGCGUCUGGAGAUGCUGAUAAGGAUGCAUGGGCCAUACGACACUUCUUCAACGAUAUGCAUAUGCCGGAGUUCUGUGUUGCGCAAUCGUUCUCGAAGAACUUUGGCUUGUAUGGGCAAAGAGUGGGAGCUUUGCAUGUGGUCACUCGACCCGCAGUACAUGACGUGACUCAGGAUCUACAGGCGACUCUCUGUCAUUUGAUUCGUGGAGAGUAUUCUAUGGCUCCAAGAGGUGGCGCAGAGAUAGUGCGAACGGUGUUGGCAGACCAGAGACUCCGUGAGAGAUGGUUUGAAGACCUCACCACAAUGAGUCAAAGAAUCCAGCGUAUGAGACAUACCCUAUAUGACGAAUUGCUGAAACUGAAAACACCUGGGGACUGGAAGCACAUUGUGAACCAGAUCGGUAUGUUCACAUAUAUCGGGCUAUCUGAGCCACAGGUUCUCGCGAUUCGGGAGGAGUAUCACAUAUAUAUGUUGAAAUCUGGUAGAAUUUCAAUUUCUGGACUAAACGAACGUAAUGUUGGAUAUGUCGCCCAGGCGAUUGACGACGUUGUUCGUACAACCUAA